CAAGUGGCCAGGAGCUAUCACGUGAUUACAAAACCCCGUUCACGUGCGAGUGACUUCCACUAGUGGGUUCUUAGCAGUUUGCACAGGGCUGAACGGGAAAAGGCAGCUUUUCGUUUAAAAGUGACAGAUAAACGAGCUCUCCAGUAAAUAUGCGUGCAGCUCCACAUCAGUACGGCUCGACUCUGACGUUCUUCACAGCGCUUUAGAUCUGCUACCUACAGUGUUUAGCCAACCCCAAUCCAGUGACUUCCCAAGGACUGAAUCUCUGUGACAUCCGCAGGUAACAUGUCCAUGUUCAGCACAGGCAUCCUUGUCCUGACGUCUCCUCUCCACACCCUUCCCUUACGCAUUGCUCCGGUGCUCAGCUCAGCUGCUCAGCGAGUCGAGCGCACGCUCUAUGUCCACCUCCAUCCUGGGUUGAAUCUGGGAAGUGGGAGCCAGCCUCGGCCAGUUUUCAUUCCACCAGCAGUGGACCUGUCUAAUCUCAUUACCCGCCUGUACAGUAAUGCAGCUGAUGUGUGCGGGCACUUGGAUGUUUGCGUUUUGCUGACUAAUGUUCGCACUCAGUCAGUCGCAUGCAGCGGAGCCACGACCCCAAACGGCCCCUUUCCCACACCACAGGCUCUGUCUAAUUCACCGGAGGUGGUGCUAACAGACUUUGCUCCCCAGGACCCCGGUCAGACCCAUCAGGUCACUCAGUGCUUGCAGAGUUACACCGGCCACUGCUAUGCCUGUAGACCCGGGCUGCCUUCAGUGCUGCUUCACCCAGAGCUAAUGAAAUUGCAGGAGGAGGAUGUGCCAGAAGCACAGCAAGAAAAGGCAGAGCCGCUGCAGACUUACAAUGACGUGGUGGUAGGAGGGACAUUUGAUCGACUCCAUGGGGCCCACAAGACUCUACUUAGUAUCUCUUGCCUGCUGGCCAAUAGAAGGUUCCUGAUUGGCUUGUGUGACCAUGCAAUGCUUAAAAAAAAAGUGCUAAAGGAGCUGAUCGAGCCUUACUCUGUUCGGGUCCAGAGACUACAGGAGUUCCUCCAAGACAUCAAGCCCUCACUGCAGGUGGAGGUUGUGCCUCUUGAUGACCCCUUUGGAGUGUCUAUAGUUGACCCCCUGCUGGAGUGCAUUGUGGUCAGCGAGGAGACUAGAAAGGGUGGGGAGGCUGUGAACAAGAAACGCAUUGAGAAUGGUCUUCCAGCUCUUGUCCUUCACGAGAUCCAGUUGCUCAAGGAUGCCCACCACACAGAGAUAGAGGAGGAGAAGAUCAGCUCCUCCAGUCUGCGUGCUCGUCUCCUGGGGACGCUGCUUACACCACCCAAAGACAACACCCACCUUCCUCCUCUUCCAUAUGUGAUUGGUCUGACAGGGGGCAGCGGCAGUGGAAAGAGCGCUAUCGCUAAGCAGCUAGAGGCCCUUGGUGCAGUUUGGAUUGACUGCGACAAACUAGGCCAUGAGGUGUACCAACCUGAUGCAGCGGCCUACCACAGAGUGCUCGAAGAAUUUGGUUCAGAUCUUCUAAAUGAAGAUAAAACCAUCAACAGGCGUGCUUUAGGAAGAAAAGUCUUUGGAAAUCAGGAGCGAUUAAAAGCCCUAACAGACAUUGUGUGGCCUGAAAUUGCACUUAUAGUGCAAAAGAGAAUCAACCAAGCCAGAGACGAAGAUAAGCAGGUGUGUGUGGUGGAUGCAGCAGUUCUUCUGGAGGCCAAAUGGCAAAACUUGGUCCACGAGGUCUGGGUCACCAUCAUCCCAGAGGAGGAGGCGGUGUUGAGGAUAACCGAGCGGGAUGGGGUGACCACAGAAGAUGCACUUCGCAGGCUGCAGAGCCAGUGGCCCAACAGCAAACAAGUAGAGCAUGCUAAUGUGGUACUCGGCACACUGUGGGAGCCAGAGGUCACUCGGAAGCAGGUGCUGAAAGCUUGGAAUCUUCUUCAGAAGAGAAUUCAGCAGAAGCAUGAAGGACAUUAGAAUCAUAUUUGGGGUCUCUACGUCACAUCAGCUGUGACUUUGUAAGCAUGUGCCAGGCCAGAGACAUGUGGACAAAUGGUCCUCGUAAGGAAUACGCUGCCUUAGAAAGGAGUGUGGGUGGUCACAGGAAAACCCAAGAAGCUCCCUCACUUCUUUGACCAAGACUCAGUGCCUGAUUGAGUAUCCACAGGUUUUUAAAUUCUAGUUUUAUUUCAGUGAUGCUUACUUUAAAGAUGUAAAGACUCCACAAACAUCCCUAACAGACGGCUGCUGGAAUUUUUAGUCUAAAAUUCCUGUUUGGGAUUAUUAUCGAACACUUGUGUUAGGUGUGAUCUUAACUGAUGGCCUCUUUUCAUCCCAAAUUUUAUUUUAUUUUUUUAAAUUGACCGGCAUGGUUUACCGAUACACCGACUGCAAUCUUGCAUUAGUCUUUCUCAGCAAAAAAAAUUUGGGGCACUUCAGCUGACACUUUGCAGGAUUUGUCCACUUUCUAUUAAUUAUUUUUAUUUUGUUUCCUUUUUUUCUUUAAAGAACAAAGAAACACAAGGGGAAAUUAGUUAAUGAUACCAUGUAACUGUAACUGUUUUCUCUGUCCAUGUUAUUAAAUUAUUCAUCUUUGAGGUUUUGUAUAUUUAGGAAUUUUUGUCAAUCUGAAGAGCAAUUAUAUUUAGUGAAAUAAAUACAAUGGGCACUAUAAACAUUUCUAAUGAUAUAAACCUUAAUGAUUGCUGUGCAGACUGAUGAAGGAGGACAUCUGAAAUGCGUAGGACGACACAUUUGGUCUCAGUGGGGGAAGCAAGGUUAGAGAAGCUUGUUUCAGCCAUUUUUUCACCCUUAAGCCUCCAGGAAGCAGCAAAGUUGACAUUUUAAUAAUAACUAACAGCUGUAAAUGUGCAUAUACAUAAAAAAUAAAUACUUUGCUGUUUUAGCAACACUACAUAUUACAUGGCUUGUUCUGUGAUGUCAGAGAAAAUGUAUAUUUUAAUUUAGUUUUAAAUGUCUUUACUUUUUUGACUGCUAUAUAAAUUUGCACAAAACAUUAAAUGAAAUGUUAUCAACCCAUAA